AUGUGGGUACCUCAACUUAUGACUUACAAUGGAAAUUCCAGACUCCAUUAUGAUUGGCACUUCACAAAAAGAAAGAAAACAUCUCUUUGGUUCACAGUCGCCCUUUUGGUAGUGUCUGUUUUCAUACUGACCAUAGGACUUGCAGCAACCACAAGAACUGAAAAUGUAACUGUGGGAGGCUAUUAUCCAGGAAUAAUACUUGGCUUCGGAUCUUUCCUAGGGAUUAUUGGGCUCCAUCUGGUAGAGAAUCGAAAGCAAAUGCUGAUAGCAUCCAUCGUGUUCAUCAGCUUUGGAGUGGUAGCAGCUUUUUGUUGUGCAAUCGUUGAUGGUGUGUUUGCAGCGCGUCACAUAGAACCCAGGCCUUUAUAUACUAAAAGGUGCCAGUAUUAUACAAGUGGAAUUGGAUACUUAUUUGAUGCCUACCAGACAGAGGUGACCUGUUAUGCCUUAAAUAACAAAUGCCAGCUGAAAGUGAAAAGUAACACGUGUUACUGCUGUGAUUUAUAUAACUGUGAAAACUCAGAACACUCUACCAGCUAUUAUGAAUUCCUUGGGGUGAGCAGCUGUCAAGAUGUGGUUCACCUCUACCGACUGCUUUGGUCAUCCACCGUCUUGAACAUCAUUGGCUUGUUCCUCGGCAUAAUCACAGCAGCCAUACUUGGAGCCUUUAAAGAUGUGGUUCCUGUUUCCCAAAUUGCCUUCAGCUCUGCUCCGCCACCACAGAUCCUUUACAAUCCUGCUCAGCAGAUCUUGACAUAUGCUGGAUUUUGUCCUUCAGCAACUUCUGUUCCUCAUUAUCCUUCCUAUCAUCUGCCCCUUCAGCCUACCGGCAAUUUCCCAACAUCUUCGUCUACUGAUGUAUCUUUAGCUGAUGACCCCCAGCCACCUUCUCAGGCCAGCUGUAACCAUGGGGUGCCUCCUAAUGCUCCUCCAUUAUACACAUCAGCCUAUUUCUUGUCAGGUGAAAAGCCUCCACCGUACGUACCGUAGCCAAUAGAUUAUUAUCCACCUGUUUUUGAAAAAUAAAAUAGCUUUGGCAGUGAGAACAAUGUGUGCUGACUAGAU